AAAUUAAAUGGAAUAACACAGAGAAGAUGAAUGUGAAAAGUUGAGAAAUUGAAUAAAGUUUCAGUGAAAAUCUAACGAAAAUGUCCUACUAACCAACGGAAGAGGAAGAGUUUGAAAUGCUCUACGAUGACGAAUUGGAAAUUGAAAGAGAAAUAGAACGCGAAAGUCAGGCUGUUGAGGAACAGAUUCCGGAAGAGAUUUUAUCUCAAACAACGUUACCCGGCAUUCCCGUUCAAUUGCCCAGUUCGUCUAUCGUCGAUCAGCCCAUUCGUCAAUUGAACCGAAAAUUGUUUGACUCGCCAUACCCCACCAAUCCCCGCACAUCAUCAACACCAGGAAUGCCCACCACAUCGACACAACUAUCUCAGGAAAUAUUUCGCAGUGGUUUCGGUGCGCGCAAACGUUGCCUGGAAGAGUUGUUCGGUGAUAUACAGCACAUUGAUGACAUCGACGACCGUAACAUUUGCGAGACAAUCAUUGCAAAGCGACAAAAAACCGAGGAAGAAAUCGACCUGGAGAUGAUCGAACGGAUAUUGGAGCUGAGGAAGCAGCUGGUGGUUGAAGUGAAUGCGGCGAAAUUCGAUGACUUGGAUCAACUGGAAGCGUUACAGAAAUUCAAAGAACAAAAUCUGAGCAGCUCCAUUCCGAAGUAUCCGUUCAUUCCGAUCCGCAGCGACGGUGACCGGAUCUAUGUGCGUUUCCAUUCGGAGGACUUUGAAUCGGAACGGAUUCAGGAGAUUCAGUGUGGCAAAAGUUUCGUUUCGAUCAUGUCGGUGGCGGCGAAAGAACAAAUGUGGGCUACGGCUCAGAAAAUGUUGGGCGAUCGGAUGACCGCAACAGCGUCGAUACCUGAUGUUGUGGUCACAGCGGACCAUUUGAUCGAUUCAAAUCUGUGGGUGGAGAAGUACAGACCGAAGAAGUACUUGGACCUUCUCUCCGAUGAAUCGACCAAUCGCAAUUUGUUGAAAUGGCUGAAAAUGUGGGACAAGGUUGUGUUCCAACGCGACGUCGACAUCAAGUCGCUGAAGAAACAAACAGUCCAAUUCCAACAACUCCAAAAAUUUCGCCGAAAAGAACGGAACUCCCUCAAAACCGACUACGACGAACACGGUCGUCCCAUGCAAAAAAUAGCCUUGUUGUGCGGUCCACCUGGAUUAGGAAAAACCACCCUUGCUCACACGAUUGCACGACACGCCGGUUACAACAUCGUUGAGAUCAAUGCAUCCGACGACCGUACCCCGGAAGCGUUUAAACUAGCGCUGGAAAAUGGCACCCAAAUGAAAUCGUUUUUGGCGAAAGACAACCGACCGAACUGCAUCAUUCUGGACGAAAUUGACGGCGCUCCCGUACAGUCAAUUGACUUUCUACUCAAAUUCGUUGGCGAGAAAGUCGUCCAAACGUCGAAUGUAAAAGGAAAGGGAAAAGCGAAACAACUGCUGCGCCGACCGAUCAUAUGCAUCUGUAACGAUAUGUACGUACCGGCACUGCGUCAACUCAGACAGAUAGCGUUUGUGGUGAGUUUUCCGCAGAUGGAAAGUGGACGAUUGGCGGAUAGGUUGCACAUGAUCUGUCGACGGGAGAAAAUCGCCGCUGACUUCUCAUCCUUGCUAGCAUCGGCCGAGAAAAGUGGAAACGACGUGCGAUCUUGUUUGUCGAUGCUACAGUUCUUCGUUAGUGCUGGCAAACCGUUGACCAUCAUCGAUGUGCUGAAAAGCAAUAUCGGACAAAAGGACAUGCAGAUUCAGCGUCCACGUCGCACACUGAAAGACCACGACAAUGAGAUUGCCAAUUCCGAACAAAUGGUCUCGAUGACAGACACAUCGGCCAAAUCACGAAUGGCUAAUGUCCUGCACGUACUGCACAUGAACGGCGAUUACAGUCGGCUGAUGAACGGAGUGUUUGAGAACUAUCUGAAGCAGAAAAUGUCCGACCCAAACAUGACUGGUGUGGCGGAGGGUGCCGAUUGGUUUUGCUUCUCGGAUCGCGUCAAUCAGUUUAUCAAUCACAAACAAAACUAUUCGGUUUACUCGUACAUGCAGUACGGGUUCGUGGCUUGGCAUUUGCUGUUUGCGAGUAUGGCAUGGCCGAAAAUUACGUUUCCCAAGCAGGGAUACGAGAACAGAUACCCAAUGCGAUCCGCUGUCCUUCGGUUGCGGGGUGGGUCGGACAUAAAUUCGAAUCCUCUGGAGGAGAGGCGCAGCUCACCGGAUGGAUGUUCAAUAUCCACACCGCCGACGCCACCACCCCAGCCACAAAACAGUCCGGAAAGCCUACCAUCGCUGCCGAGCCCACCACCACAACGAUUUAACUCGCCAAACAGCCCGGCAGAAGGUUCGGCAUCCACACCGUCGACGCCACCCCAUCAGCGGCCGAACAGUUCGGCAAGUGAGCCCAGCCCAGCCCACUAUCGCAACGGGCAAACACACCCGUCUUGCCAGAGACAGUCGAUCUGAUGAUUGAAGACUUCCGGAAAAAUCCAAAAGAUCCCGUAAACCGACGAAAAAUGAGGGAUUUUUUGAAUAUGUUAGACGAUUCCGAGAACGGUGGGGACAACGGCGGGUACAAACCGAAAAAAAACAA